CCCCCGCUACCUACAGAGCAACUCCAGCAGCCACACGCGACCCUUCAGUGCCAUCGCGGAGCUGCUAGAUAAUGCUGUAGAUCCAGAUGUAUCCGCCAGGACGGUCUUCAUAGAUGUUGAGGAGGUCAAGAAUAAAUCUUGUUUGACCUUUACUGAUGAUGGAUGUGGGAUGACACCUCAUAAACUACACCGAAUGCUCAGCUUUGGCUUUACAGACAAAGUAAUAAAGAAGAGCCAGUGUCCCAUCGGGGUCUUUGGUAAUGGUUUCAAGUCAGGCUCCAUGCGACUAGGAAAGGACGCUCUCGUCUUCACCAAGAAUGGGGGUACUCUCACUGUUGGACUCCUAUCACAGACCUAUCUGGAAUGUGUCCAGGCCCAAGCGGUUAUUGUACCAAUUGUUCCAUUCAACCAGCAAAACAAAAAAAUGAUUAUUACUGAGGAUUCCUUGCCCAGCCUAGAAGCCAUCUUGAACUAUUCAAUUUUCAACAGUGAAAAUGACCUGCUGUCCCAGUUUGAUGCCAUCCCAGGCAAAAAAGGCACUCGUGUUCUCAUUUGGAACAUCCGCAGAAAUAAAGAUGGAAAGUCUGAGUUGGACUUUGAUACAGAUCAGUAUGAUAUCCUGGUAUCAGACUUUGGCACAGAAGAAAAAGAGACUGGUGGCAUUACCUCUGAGCUGCCAGAAACAGAGUAUUCUUUACGGGCAUUUUGUGGCAUUCUAUAUAUGAAGCCACGAAUGAAAAUUUUUCUGCGUCAAAAGAAGGUGACUACCCAGAUGAUUGCCAAGAGCCUGGCCAAUGUAGGAUAUGAUAUAUAUAAACCUACCUUCACAAAUAAGCAGGUGAAAAUAACUUUUGGGUUCUCUUGCAAGAAUAAUAACCAGUUUGGAGUAAUGAUGUAUCAUAACAACCGCCUCAUAAAGUCUUUUGAGAAGGUGGGAUGCCAGGUGAAGCCAACUCAUGGAGAAGGUGUGGGAGUAAUUGGAGUCAUUGAGUGCAAUUUCUUAAAACCUGCCUACAACAAACAAGACUUUGAGUACACCAAGGAGUACCGGUUGACAAUAAAUGCCCUUGCCCAGAAGCUCAAUGCUUAUUGGAAGGAAAAGACCUCCCAAGAGAAUUUUGAGACCUCAGCCAUAGUCAGGCCAAUACCGAAGAUUCCUGACCAGACAUGGGUACAGUGUGAUGAGUGUCUUAAAUGGAGGAAGCUUCCUGGCAAGGUUGAUCCAUCUACAUUACCUGCAAGAUGGUUUUGUUACUAUAAUUCCCAUCCAAAGUACAGGAGGUGCUCUGUUCCAGAGGAACAAGAACUCAUUGAUGAAGACCUGUACUUGAGCAAAGCUAAGAAACAAGAUCAAACUGUUGAGAAGAAGAAGGUACCAGUGGAAAGUGAGAGCCACCAGGUAUUCACUAAUCCACUCAAGAUCCCUUCUAUUCAAGAUAUGGACGACUUGAAUAAUAAGACGAUUGAAUAUGAGGGAAUUGAUAGCCCUAGCCGGCUUUCAUCUGUUGGAGAAGAAAGCAGAACACCUUCUCUUCAACUUAAGCCUCUGGAUUCCAGUGUUUUUCAGUUUUCCAGUAAGUACAAAUGGAUCCUAGGUGAGGAACCUGUGGAGAAACGAAGAAGGCUCCAGAAUGAGAUGACAACACCUCCUCUAGAUUAUUCCAUGCCUGGCCCUUACAGGAGGGUAGAGGCAGCAGUUGCCUGCCCAGAAGGGGAGAACAGCCAUGAUAAAUCGAGUUCUGAGAGAAGCACACCACCAUACCUUUCCCCAGAAUACCCCGAAGCAAUGAAGAAUACCAGUCAGAGUAGGGAGGUCUCAGUUCUGUAUGCAGGGGCCCAAGACCAGCACCAGGGCUCCCUGCUCCCUGAAGAAUUAGAAGAUCAGAUGCCAAGAUUGGUGGCAGAAGAAUCUAACAGAGGCAGCACACACCUAAACAAGGAGGAAGUAAGCAAGGGACCUUUUGUAGCUGUUGUCGGUGUUGCAAAAGGUGUUAGAGAUUCAGGAGCUCCCAUUCAGCUGAUCCCUUUUAACAGAGAGGAGCUUGCUGAGAGGAGGAAAGCAGUUGAAUCCUGGAACCCGGUGCCUUACUCUUCUGUGGCCUCUGCUGCAACUCCUGCUGCAGCUGUUGUGGAGAAAGGAAGAGGCUCUGAGGAGAGCGGAGGUCGUCAUACACCAAAGAUGAAGAACCAAAGAGAGCUAGAGGAACUGAAGAGAACCACAGAAAAGUUGGAACGUGUUUUGGCAGAAAGGAAUAUGUUCCAGCAAAAGGUGGAGGAGCUGGAACAGGAGAGGAAUCACUGGCAUUCUGAAUUCAAGAAAGUCCAACAUGAAUUGGUGACCUAUAGUACCCAGGAGACAGAAGGCUUGUACUGGAGCAAGAAACACAUGGGCUAUCGCCAAGCUGAGUUCCAGAUUCUGAAAGCUGAGCUGGAAAGAACCAAAGAGGAAAAGCAGGAACUAAAAGAGAAACUGAAGGAGACAGAGACACACCUGGAAGUUCUGCAGAAGGCUCAGGUCUCCUACCGGACCCCAGAGGGAGAUGACCUAGAAAGGGCUUUGGCAAAGCUUACGCGGCUGCGUAUCCACGUCAGCUAUCUCCUUACCUCUGUCCUCCCUCACUUGGAGCUUCGUGAGAUCGGGUUUGACUCAGAACAAGUGGAUGGGAUCCUGUAUACGGUGCUGGAGGCAAAUCACAUACUGGAUUGAGCACCAGAUACUCUAUAUCCCCUUUUCUACCCUAUUCUUUCCUCCCUCCCUCUCAACACCUCUCUCUCUCUCUCUCUCUCUCUC